AGAUUUGACAGCGCAUUCCUAGUUAUUGGAUCAUUACCUCGUACAAGUACAACUCUUUUAUUUUUUUUUGGAGUUAUAAAAACAUAAAUUAAUGUUUUGGUUCUUGCCUCUUGGGCGACGAUUUUCCCUAAGCAAACCAUUCGGUUCCUACGAUGAUUUUCCCUCUUGAAAUUUGCGCCCACCAAGUCUCUACUUUGUGUGUUAAAUUUCUCAAGUUGUCCACUGUUAAUUCACCAAAAAAAAAGUUGGAUUCUUGGAGCCUUAGAGGUUCCUGGAACCAAUCCUUGCACAAAUUUUCUUGCCGAAGAAAAGCGAGAGGAACAAGAAACUUGAUGCAGAUUAAGGAUUCCGCCGCCGCCGGCUGCGAGUCCGCAAGAAUCGGAGACCGGCUGUCGCGCCUGAUGACUGAGAUGACGGCCGCACAAGGCGAAAUCCUCGGCCUGGAAGCGCAGCUGGCCGCCGCCGCUGCGGUGGAAACUGCUCUCACCAAAGAGAAGAUCAAGUCGGAAAAACUCGAGAGGAUCGUGGACGAGCUGAAGGAGACUAAUCUACAGUUGAGAGCGGCGGCCACGAACCGGGAGGAGGAGAUCCAGAAUCUGGAGAAAUCGCUGGUGGAGAAAGACGCCCUGGUGGAGAGAUUAAACCUGGAACUUGGACACACAAAGGAGCUCAACAUCGCGGAAAUGAAGAAAUUGAAAGAACAAAUGGAACUGCAAGAAACCCAGAACCGGGACCAGAGCCGCUACAUCAGUUUACUGGAGACGGAGGUGAAGCAAUUAAUGGGGGAAUCCGGCAAAGCCCGCGACGAAGUCGCAACUCUGAACCACAACAUCGCGAAGUUAAAAGCAGAACUAGAUGAAAUCAAAAGUCAGGCCGAUAGGAUUCUGGAAGCUGAGGUCGAGAACGCGUUGCUGAAAGUGGAGCUCCAUAAAUGGCGAUCAAAAGCCGCCGCCGCAGAAGCCGCAGAAGAACGAUACAAGAGCGAGAUAUUCGCCCUCAAUCGUGCUCUUCAGCUAGCCGCCUCAUCACACCAACAACCCAGCAGCAGGAACAGGUUUCUGGUAGAAUCUGAACACAAGAAACAAGGGAAAAUCGACGACAUUAACAAUGUCACGAUUUCAAGAAAGGAAUACGAGGAGAAAGUAGGGAAAUUGGAGAGAGAGUUGAUGACAGCUACGAAUAAAAUCAGGGAGAUGAGGACAAGGGCGGAGCAGGCUAUAAGCAGGGCGGAGGCGGCGGAGAAGGCUAAAGCAGAGCUUGAGGAUAAGAUAAAGCGAAGAAAGGAAAAGGAGAAACAAAAAAAGGAAAUCUUUAAGAAUUUGAGGGAGCAAAUCGAUUCCUCCUCCAUAGAAGCAGCAGAAAGUCCAGAUUUCGCAGUGAUAAACACUCCAGCAAUUCAAACUCUGAGUAAUGUUCUCGAAAUCCCAUUAUAGAUACUCAAAGCUCCCAUCCAAUCUUUAUUGUUUCCUAUUAUACAUACUAUGAGAUCAGAGUUUCAUUUCUCCCUAAUGUUCUAUCGAGUGGGGUGUGAACGCUAGAUUGAAGAUUCAAUCUCUUGGGAGAAGAGUUUCAUUCCUCCCUAACUUCCAAUUAAUAAAGUAUACCAAUUGUUUGCAGGGGAAAUAAAGGGAGAAAAUAAAUAUUCAAAUUUUAUUUUUAAUGUUAAUAUGUGGUGCUAGGCAGUGCCUCACCUCAUUGUCAUUGUUCUUACUAUUGUUAUUAUUAUUGUGUUCUAGAAGUUUUAA